AUGCGCGCGCGGUUCGAGGAAAAAAUCACCCAUCGAACGGUGGCGGCGCUGCGCGCGCGCGGGCACGCCGUGAUCGAUGAUUUCUUGCUCGACGUCGACGCGAAUGCGUUUCGCGACGAGCUCGAACGGUUGUCGAUGUCACGGGACGAGGCGAACGGGCGUCGAUACGUGCGAUCGAAUCGGACGCAGUUCGGUGAUCGAGGGAGGCAUUCGAAGCCGAACGUGUACGAGUGCGACAUGCACGACGAGGAGACGGUGGGGGAGACGCGCGGGUCGGAGGCGUACGCGACGACGUGGCGGUUCUUCGACGCGACGGCGAGCGGGAUGGCGAACGCGUUCGUGCGCGUGGCGCCAGAGAUGCGAUUACGAACGGGAAACUUGUCGAGGACGGUGAAGUUGCAGGUGAACGAGGGGGGCGGGGCGUGCUUUCCGUGGCACUUUGAUAAUCCGUCGGCGCCGUCGAACCGGGCGCUGACGUGCAUACUGUAUUUGAACCCCGAGUGGAAGCGAGGUGACGGCGGGGAGAUUCGGUUUCAACCGUUUUGUGGCGUCGCGACGACGGUGGCGCCGAGACACAAUAGAUUGGUGAUAUUUUGGAGCGAUCGAACGCUUCAUCGAGUGAUGCCGUUUCACGGAACGCGCCGGUACGCGGUGACGGUGUGGCUCGACGGCGAUUUCGUCGACGAACGAACGGGCGUAUCGACGAACGUGUGCGAGCUCAAUCUCUCGACUCGAGAGGCGUUGGAUGACAUCGCAGCGACGGCGAAAAAAUUGGCCGCUAGCAACAUCCAGCGCGCGCUUUCGCGCGCCGUGUAUGCGGAUGAAUACGAGGCGUCGCUCGUGGAGUGCAUGGGGAACGCGCCGGGGGCGAUGGAGAUGCUCGAAUCGCACUACGAGCACUGCAGAGAGGUGAAGAAAAACAAAGCUUUAAAGGCUCUCGUGGAUGCACUGCGCGAAUAUCGUCGUGAGGUCGAGGCGAACGGUCUCGAGGUGAACGUUCCGUAA